AUGUGGGAGGGUUUGCUACUAAACCAAGAUUAUAAUUCCGGUGAACUGCCGUCCUCUGGUUCGACCAACCCGGUUAAGCUAAACCGGAAAUGGAAGGAGUACCAGGGGCUUCAGAAUUGGGAAGGUCUCCUAGACCCAUUGGACGAUAAUCUCCGAGGGGAGAUUCUCCGGUACGGUCAAUUCGUGGAAUCGGCUUACCAGUCCUUCGAUUUCGAUCCUUCGUCACCAACCUACGCAACGUGCCGGUUUCCUAGGAACACGCUGUUAGACCAAUCCGGUUUACCUAACUCCGGUUAUCGAGUGACGAAGAAUCUCCGUGCCACGUCAGGUAUUAAUUUACCACGUUGGAUUGAGAAAGCGCCUAGCUGGAUGGCCACACAGUCCAGCUGGAUCGGCUACGUGGCGGUAUGUCAGGACAAAAACGAGAUCUCACGGCUCGGACGCAGAGACGUCGUCAUCUCCUUCCGUGGAACCGCCACGUGUCUCGAGUGGUUAGAGAAUCUCCGCGCCACGCUGACUCAUCUCCCUGAUGGGCCGAGUGGACCUAAUCUAAACGGGUCUAACUCUGGGCCCAUGGUCGAGAGUGGAUUCUUAAGCUUAUACACAUCAGGGGCCCACAGUUUGAGAGACAUGGUGAGAGAAGAGAUCUCGCGCCUGCUCCAAUCCUACGGCGACGAGCCGUUGAGUUUAACGAUAACGGGACACAGCCUCGGAGCUGCCAUCGCGACGUUAGCCGCGUACGAUAUCAAAACGACGUUUAAACGUGCGCCGAUGGUAACCGUUAUGUCUUUCGGAGGUCCACGCGUCGGAAACAGAUGCUUCAGGAGACUCCUUGAGAAGCAAGGCACCAAGGUGUUGAGGAUCGUUAACUCUGACGACGUCAUCACCAAAGUUCCAGGUGUCGUUUUAGAUAACAGAGAGCAGGAUAACGUGAAGAUGACGGCGUCAAUGCCGAGCUGGAUACAGAGACGAGUGGAGGAGACGCCGUGGGUUUACGCGGAGGUCGGGAAAGAGCUGAGGCUUAGCAGCCGUGACUCACCGUACCUGAACGGCAUCAAUGUUGCCACGUGUCACGAGCUGAAGACGUAUUUGCAUUUGGUAGACGGGUUCGUGAGCUCCACGUGUCCAUUCAGAGAAACGGCUCGAAGAGUUCUUCAUAGAUGA